AACUAUAUUAUAGCUGCUUUUCUCACUCCUUGGCCAGUACAUUGACACCUCCACUCAGCAAGCCUAACUUGUCUCCUUCAUCUGUGCAAAUUCAGGUCUCUACACAAAAAUGUGGAAAAUAUUAUAUUUAACUGUUAUUGCAGUCUUCAUCCUAGUGAUCAAUGGUCAGGACUAUGACAUUGAGAAAAUGGAAAAAUGUCCAUGUGCAAAUGAUGUCAUCGGAGCCUUUUUAGAGUCUGUGAACAAAAAUGAUCUUGAAGUUGACAAUGGGCAAAAACUAAAAUUAAGAUUAUGGCAACAAAGAAAUGACAACUGCACAGCUCAUGUUCUGAAUAAGUCCCCAAAGCCUGGACAAAUAGAAAUCAGUAUGGUGUAUCAUGGAAGUGUACAUACUGAAGAACAGGGUCAGGGUCAAGAUGUUGGAGACCAGAAUGGAGGAGUAGAUAUUGGACAACAGCAGGGAGUGGAUUUUGGCCAACCGCAAGAAAUGGACAAUGGACAACAGCAAGAAAUGGACAAUGGACAACAGCAAGGAGCCUAUAACGGACAACAGGAAGAAGCCUAUAACGGACAACAGCAAGGAGCUGAAAAUACUGGAUUAUUGGAAGACAAAGAUAUUGAACAACUACUAGCAAAUACAUAUUUAGAACAAUUGCAGCAAAGUAUGAGCCUACUGCAACAAAUUAUGGAUGUUGGACAAGAGCAAGCAGGUGUAGAUACUGAACAAGAACAGUCACAGCUAUUGAAUGGCUUAGGAAAUGGGAGUGAGAACGAUGACUAUUCAGCUGAGUUUAUAUUUACAGUGGAUGUGAAUACAGGAAAACUCACUGAUUCUACAAGAUCUAUGACAGGUGAAAAAAGAAGAAAGCGGGAGAUCAUGCCCUUUGAGACAGUUAUAAUCUCGAUAACGGUUAAAUAUGGAGAAGAAGCAACAUUCUGAUGUUGGUGCAAGCAACGAUCAGAUAAAACUUCUGUUAAGAAAUGCACUGGAUGAUUAUUGGCUAAAAAUGACCUUUUGCUUACUUGACGUUCAACAAUAAGCCAAUGAAAAUCAAGUUUGAUGUAAAAAAAAAUACAAAAAACUGUCUGGAACUGCAAAUCCCUUCAUAUUGAACACCUUAAACCCUAAACAUCCGAUUUAUGAGUUUGUGAAUCAAUCUCUACACCCCUCUAUUCCCGCCUAAACCAUUCCUACUUUAUAAAGGGACUUUGUGCUUAUUGAAUAAAACAUAGAAUAAAUGAAUAUUCACAUCA